UGUGGAGUGCCAUCACCAUUUGCUGGACGUGUUAAUCUUCCAAUUGGCCGGGGUUUGAAUAAUUGGAUUUGUAUGGUUGCCCUACCUGGAUUGAAUUACUGUGGGAUGAGCAUGUCAUGCUGCCAGUACAAAGUGAUUGAAAUACUGGCUGAUGGUUCUUCUGCACCAGUUGAGUAGAGGACGAACUCACCAUGUAACAUUUAUUCGUGUUCAUUUUAAAUAUUCCAUGUUGACAGUUAAAAAAUUUGUCCUGAACAUGCCUAUGACCACAGCUGAUGCUUUCAUGAGUUCUCUAUGUUGAAAAUUUUCAUCCUGAAAAUGCAUUUGAGCACACAUCAUAAGUUCUCUAUGUUGAUUGUAACAACCUGCAUGUCAGUUUCAACUUGAUGCAAUAGAUACCCUGAGAAAUUUCUUCAUUAGACUGGUGAUUUGGUAUUCAUACCUCAAGACCUCUUUUUCUGGUUCUUCUAUUAUUCUUGUGUAUUAUAUAAAUCUCAUGUCAUGCGGUGUAUGUUCUUUUUUUCUAUUCUUGAUCAUUAAGUCAUAAGUUUCCUUGAUCAUAUUCCAUCAAUGUGGACUAUUAUAUAUUUCUUGGUUACUUAAUAUAUCUUGAUCUUGCAU